AUGGUUUGUGAUGAGUGUGACGAUAGUGUUUGUGAUGAGUGUGACGAUAGUGUUUGUGAUGAGUGUGACGAUAGUGUUUGUGAUGAGUGUGACGAUAGUGUUUGUGAUGAGUGUGACGAUAGUGUUUGUGAUGAGUGUGACGAUAGUGUUUGUGAUGAGUGUGACGAUAGUGUUUGUGAUGAGUGUGACGAUAGUGUUUGUGAUGAGUGUGACGACAGUGUUUGUGAUGAGUGUGACGACAGUGUUUGUGAUGAGUGUGACGAUAGUGUUUGUGAUGAGUGUGACGAUAGUGUUUGUGAUGAGUGUGACGACAGUGUUUGUGAUGAGUGUGACGACAGUGUUUGUGAUGAGUGUGACGACAGUGUUUGUGAUGAAAAAUAG